CCUGUAUUAUUUGGAGGGGGGCUCUUUGUGUCACAUAGGCCGAGACUGGAAACACAUUUUUUUUUUCACACGGUGCCAUAGAAACAAAGGUUGAACGAGAUAGUAGUUCGAUUAUUGUAAGAAGUAAGAUGAUUUCGGUUGGCCUCCUCACACGAACGUGUUUAGGACGCAGAGCUGGAACUGGAGCUGUUAGUGCCUUGGCGCUUCCAGCAUCCAUGAGAAGUCUUUCCACCGAAUCAAAGGAACAGUCCAAUGCAAAGCUUUCCAUCCAAAUUGACUCGGCAUCUUCUCUCACUGAUUUGGAAAUGAGAGAUGCUGCUCACAACAAGAAGCGUCUUUUAGCCAACCAAGCCAUCAAGAUGAAGACAUUCACUGGAGACCUUCAUAGACCAGGUUCAACCCAUUUCAGAAUGCCAAUUCAUUCACACCUUCAUCAAGGUGGUCCAGUAAGAGAACUUACCGUGCCCAAGAAGAAGACUGCUGGUCGUAACCAUACCGGUAGGAUCACUGUCAGAGGCCGUGGUGGUGGUCACAAGCAAAGAGUGCGUCUUUUGGACUAUUUCAGAACCGAAGGUGGUCGUCAGACUGUGGUCCGUAUCGAAUACGAUCCUUUAAGAUCUGCCCACAUUGCCUUGAUUAAACAUAAUGAAACUGGUAACCUUUCUUACAUUUUAGCCUCGAAUGGGUUACGUUCAGGUGAUAUAGUUGAAUCAUUUCUUGGUGGGUUACCUCAAGAUUUCCUUCAAGAAAUGCGUGCCUCCAACAAUGGUGAAAUUGAUGAUGCCUUGCUUUCUACCAGAACUAUGCAAAGAGGUAACUGUAUGCCAUUGAGAAUGGUUCCAAUCGGUACCAUUGUCCACAACGUUGGUCUUCAAAACGGGGGUCCUGGAAAGAUUGCUAGAGCUGCAGGUACCUAUGCUCGUCUUUUGACCAAGUACCCAGAACGUAACAGAGCUGUUCUUAGAAUGUGCUCUGGAGAACACCGGUACGUGCCCUUGGACGUGACCUCCACUUUGGGUACCGUGUCCAAUAGAGAACAUCAAACCAUUAUUCUUGGUAAGGCUGGUCGUAAUCGUUACAGAGGAUUCAGACCAAAGGUUAGAGGUGUAGCCAUGAAUGCAUGUGACCAUCCUCAUGGUGGUGGUCGUGGUAAGUCUAAGUCGAACAAGGUUUCUCAAUCUCCAUGGGGUUUGAAGAAGUUUGCUCGUACCAGAAAGUUCAAGAAGGUGAACAAGAUGAAGAUUCAAGAUAGACCAAGACGUUAAUGUAUAUAGGAGGCUAAACAGUCAAUAAACGCCAUAGAGAAAGCAAA